GAUAGAUAUCAGUUUGUACUGAAUCAGUUCUGAGAUCAUAGUGACUCUGACUGGAGCAUCAUCAUCAUCUUCAUCAUCCGGUUGGGUCAGAUGCGUCCGUCCGCUCCGGUUCGAGUUCACGGGCGACCCGUGCAGCGCUGCUCCCAUUUUGCUUGUAGUUUUCCGCAUUAUUUCCAGGUCAGAGGCGCGGCGCUUCCUGUGCGGCGCGUUUGGACUGAAGAUGGCCGCAGAUGGAGGCGCUCUGAAGGAUAUCAAUGAGAUUAAAUCGCAGUUCCGGACCCGGGAGGGAUUCUACAAGCUGCUCACCCUCUCGGACUCUCAGCAGCGGGCCGGGCUGCCGCGGGGACCCUCGGCGGGUGUCACGGUGGGGCCGGGCGCGGCAACGAGCUCCAUCCCGGGCGGCGGUGCUGGUGUUGGGCUGGUGCAGGGGCCCGGGUCCGCCGCCGCGGCCAACUCCUCUCCGGGCUUCCUGCCGCCGGUCCGGGUGUCGAUGGUGAAGCUGAAGCCGGAGGACCCGAGCGAGGAUUCGGAGCGAGUGUGUUUCAACAUCGGCAGGGAACUUUACUUCUACACCUACACAAACAUUAAGAAGGCGGUGGACCUCAGUAAGCCGAUAGACAAGCGCAUCUAUAAGGGAACUCAGCCCACGUGUCAUGACUUCAACCAGUACUCGGCCACCGCUGACAGCGUGGCUCUGAUCGUGGGCUUCUCCGCCGGACAGGUGCAGUACCUCGACCCCAUCAAGAAAGAGACCAGCAAGCUCUUCAACGAGGAGAGAUUGAUAGACAAAUCAAAGGUGACGUGUCUGAAAUGGCUGCCCAAGUCGGAGAAUCUCUUCCUGGCGUCUCACGCCAGUGGUCACCUCUACCUCUACAACGUGGAGCAUCCGUGCGGCACCACGGCUCCUCAGUACUGUCUGCUCCGCCAGGGCGAGGGCUUCUCCGUCUACUCCUGCAAGACCAAGACGCCCCGCAACCCUUUACUCCGCUGGGUGGUGGGUGAGGGCGGCCUGAACGAGUUUGCCUUCUCGCCCGACGGCGUUCACGUGGCGUGUGUCGGACAGGACGGCUGCCUCCGCGUCUUCCACUUUGACUCCAUGGAGCUGCAGGGAGUGAUGAAGAGCUACUUCGGGGGCCUGCUGUGCGUCUCCUGGAGCCCCGACGGGAAGUACCUGGCCACCGGCGGAGAGGACGAUCUGGUGACGGUGUGGUCGUUCGCGGAGAGCCGAGUGGUGGCGCGCGGACACGGUCACAAGUCGUGGGUCAACGUGGUGGCGUUCGACCCCUUUACCACUAACCUGGAGGACGACGAGCCGAUGGAGCUCAGCGGCAGCGAGGAGGAUCUCCAGCAGGGGGCGCUGCACUUCGGCCGCGUGCGCACCAGCAGCACGCUCUCGCGCCUCUCGCGGCACAGCUCCAAAGGUGGCGCGUCGUCCGUGUCGUACCGCUUCGGAUCCGUCGGGCAGGACACACAGUUCUGUUUGUGGGACCUAACGGACGACGUUCUGUAUCCGCGACUUCCACUCUCCCGAGCGCUUACGAACACCUUCGGCCCCACCGUUCCGGCAUCCACGGCGUUGAACAGCACUAGCGGAAGUAGCGUAGUCGAAGGUCACCAUCAUCCCUCGCACCAAACGUCUACAUUGCCGCUACCUUUACCUCGCUCACUGUCGCGCUCCAAUUCCCUUCCGCACCCUGCCGUCGCAAACACCUCCAAGAUCCAGGGGGCGACAGAGAGCGGCGUCACGGGUGGCAGCAGUGGCAGCGCCGGCAGCGGAGGAGGAAGUGCGCCGUUUAGCAUCGGCCGCUUCGCUACGCUGUCGCUCCAAGAGCGUAAAUCGGACAAAUCCGGGGUGGGAGGGGAAAAGGAGCACAAGCGCUACCACAGCCUCGGCAACAUUAGCAAAAGCAACGAUAAGAUCAACGUGGCGCCGCGCAGCAAUCGACUAGAUGGCGCUAAAGUCUUGGGAACCACGCUGUGUCCGCGCAUGAACGAGGUGCCGCUGCUGGAGCCGCUAGUGUGCAAGAAAAUCGCCCACGAGCGACUCACUGUACUCGUCUUCAUGAACGAUUGCAUCAUCACCGCGUGCCAGGAGGGCCUCAUCUGCACUUGGGCUCGACCCGGCAAAGCGGAUUUUCAAGGAUUACAACCAUAUAUGCUCAAAAAGUGGCUGAGAGUUAACAGCAUCCGUCUCAACCGCUGUCAGCACAGAAUGGAAACUCGCCGAGCGGGACCGUGGUAUAGCUGAAGCCUCAUUCGCGAGAGCCAGGAGCCAGUGUUUCACCCAUCCACGCUUUAGUUGCACAUUAACGUCACAUGUAAAUGCACACGGGACCAUGAUGCACAGCUGCGACUUCAGCUCUCGCCCGCAGACAGACUGCAAACGAUCGAAGAUCGAGACUCUUCUUUGCAGAAACCCUGCUGGCCUCUUCUAUAACACUGCGAAAGCCACGGCCGUUUUACUUUUUAUUUAUUUAUUUGAUCAUGGAGUCUUCUAUUGUACAUAUUCAGACUACACUAUAAUGGAAUAAUGAACUCGAAUAAUUAAUAUAUGAAGAUCCUAUAUUGUACAUAGCGACAGAUGCAUUGAAUGUUUGCAGAUUUAGGGAAUUGAUGAUUUAUUGUUCUUGUGUGCUAGUGCUUCAUAAGCUGUCGGAUGGGAGUUUGAGAGUUGCGUACAUUCGUUCGACUGCUAGACGAGUUCUCUGCUUCAUAGAUUAGAGAGAUUAACAAGGUUAAUGUUGUCUAGAAAUGGUGUACGAACCGUGAAAGCGAGAUUUUAUAUAUUUACUAGGUUUUUGCUAAGCAAGCAACGUCACCACUGAAUGAAAUCGGAGGCUCGCACCGUUUUGACUGUUUGAAGCUCCUGGAGGCGGAUCUCUUGAAAUUUGCCUUGUUGAAACACAAGUCAGAUGCAAUCAAAGAGAGAAACUUCUCGACACGUUUAACUCUUGUAGCAUGGAGUAGGCGCUAUUCCUUACACCUGCUAUGCCUCUUGCAAAACUUUGCACAUUUACAGGUUGAUUUGAGCUCGUUGGAGGGACUGUUUUCAGGAGUCUGGAUCACUGAUGUGAAGUGUGUCAUGCAGACUUCUCGAAAGGACAAUGUUGUAUCAAAUGUCUUUUGGCAUUCAAUUUGAUUACUCCCAUUAAGCAGAUCAGCUUUAACAUCAUGUUAACAGAACUAACCCAUCAUAACCAAAGGCAUUCAAUAGCUAUGUUUCCAUCCACCUAUUUUGGGAUAUCGCAUAAAAAAACUCUGGAUGGAAAAGCCAAAAUGCACAUAAAUACUAAAAAUAAACGUAUGCACUCAACUGAGGUGGAUUAUUGUUUAUCCGAUAAGAAGACAUGCGGAUAAACUACGACGAAAACACAUUUACCGAAUAAAUCCCUCAAAACCUCAGCAGAGGCUGUGAUUGGAUAACUGGACCAAUCAGCAUCUCAGAUGUUGGUUUGGUGGUUCUGAAACACCUGACUCAAAGUCUGUCAUCAGAAUGAUUUGGUUUAAUUCCCUCCAAUUCUGACUUCUCGUAAUUCUGAGUUUGAAUCCCACAAUUCUUACUUUUUCCUCUGAAUUCUGAGUUUGAAUCCCGUAAUUCUGACUUUUUGCUCGGAAUUCUGAGUUUGAAUCCCGCAAUUCUUACUUUUUCCUCUGAAUUCUGAGUUUGAAUCCCGCAAUUCUGACUUUUUGCUCGGAAUUCUGAGUUUGCAUCCCGUAAUUCUGACUUUUUGCUCAGAAUUCUGAGUUUGCAUCCCGUAAUUCUGACUUUUUGCUCAGAAUUCUGAGUUUGCAUCCCGUAAUUCUGACUUUUUGCUCGGAAUUCUGAGUUUGCAUUCCGUAAUUUUGACUUUUUGCUCGGAAUACCAAGUUUACAUUUUGCAAUUCUGACUUUUUUUAGCACUAGUUUCCCAGGAAGUGACGAUUUUGUUCUCUUGAACACAUGGGAAGGAAACGCUGCUUCAAUCGCAAAUGUUUAUGCAAUAUUCUAAUUAAAUUCGCAACUUUGAAUGGAAACAUAGCUAAUGUCUUCUGUAGAGAAUGGAUAUCACAUGUACUGUCAGUUGUUACAGCUCAAAUAAGUGUUGUCAAAAUCUGUUUCUCAACCAAGCCUUGCAAAUAUUGACCCAGCUAACAAAAAUAUAUUCUAGGAACCUUUUGCUAACGUCCCAAUUAAGUUAUGAAAACGUUAUUUCUGAAUGUUCUCUGAGCAUUUUUUCUUGGUUAUGUGAACAUUAAGCAAACAUUCCAUUUGUAUCAUUCUUCAAGCAUUAUAGGAACAUUACUUUUUGAAUGUUCAGUGAACGUUCCUAAACAAGUAGUAACAUUAAAAAAAACAUUAGAUGAACAUCCAACUAAAAAAAAAAUGAUGCUUUUGUGCUAAUGUUUUGAAAACAUUAUUAAAGGCCAGACAACUUUAAAUGAACGUUUGUUCAUAACUUUGAGAGAACCUUGCCAGAACGUUCCCUGUUUCAUUUGUGACCCUGACAGUGAACUUACCUUAAGAAUGGAUUGUUUUCUCAGUAGUAAACACUCAGUAGUGUGCUGCUAGGCUUGCUAGAGAAGUUUGUGAUAAGCCAUAUUUGAGGACAUUGAGUCUUUCUAGACGUCUGCGUAGAAUAACACUAUGUUAACCGGUCAUUGCACUGGUUGUAGCCUGAAUGUGGUUUUUAUGUGUACUUUAGUGAUCCCGGCAUGGAAGUUUCUUCUCCUAGAGGCAGCUUGUAUUUAAGACAAAGGCCAAGCUACUGAACUCGUAUGCGAUCAUUCCUACAUAAUCUCAGAACAUUAUGUGAAAAAAACAGUGUUUUAGCCCUGACGGUAUGUAUGCUUAACACUUAAGUCUCAUUUGUGUUUAUUAUUAUUUUUUUAUCUCAGAUAUUUUGGGACUUGUUUUGUACGGCUGUAGCGUUGUGAUUGUCUUUGCUGUUAACUGGAGAAAUGCAAUGGACCAAUUAGUGGAUGUUGGAACGUUUUGUGUAUUUUUAUUGUACGUUUUUUAAACUACUGCUUAAAUAAUACCAUCCAUUAUUUUAUUUUUUUUUAUUUGCAAAUGCAUUCAGUUCUGACAGAUGUUUUGUCUCAUUUAAGUGUGUAUCCAACAGAUGACGUCGACGUAUGAAAAUGGACGAUUUCAAUGGAGAAUCCAUUCCUCCACACUGCUUUCCUUUAAAAUCAUUGAAUUUCCACUGCAUGUGUUUUUAUUUAGCACACGGUUAUAUGCCUGAGUCUGGUGACGUGGCCAACAAUAUCACAAUAUACAGUUUGUAUAUGGGAAUCUGUUAUUAAAACAUCAAAUACUCA